AUUAAACAAUAAAACAUGAAAGGUCGGUGAGUAGUGGGUGAAAGCAUUUAGUGCAUUUCUUUUUAUUUUAUUUUAUUUUUGUAUCCCCAAUGAUAAGCCUUUCCUUGAUCAUUUCAGCAAAAUCACUAGAACUCCAUCUUAACACAUUUUUCUCAAGAAACACACAGAUCAGAGAGGAGAUGAUGAGACAGAAGAUUUUUCUCUUUGGUGAUUCAAUCACUGAAGGAUCCUUUAGUGACGGUGGCUGGGGCGCUUCUCUCGCUGAUCUUCUCAGCCGCAAGGCUGAUAUAGUGCUACGAGGUUACAGUGGAUAUAACACGAGGUGGGCGUUAAAAGUAGUCGAGAGAGUUUUUCCGGCGGCUAAAGAAGACGGCGGAGAAUCUCCAGCGGCGGUGACUGUAUUCUUUGGAGCGAACGACGCGUGUCUGCCGGAGAGAUGCUCCGGGUUUCAGCAUGUGCCACUUCACGAGUACAAGCACAAUCUUCGCUCUAUUGUUUCGUUCCUCAAGAACCGUUGGCCACAAACGGCCAUUAUUCUCAUAAGUCCGCCUCCAAUCCACGAAGAGUCCCGCCUCAGAUAUCCUUAUAUCGAAAACACAACGGGGUUGCCAGAAAGAACGAAUGAAGUAGCCGGACUAUACGCAAAAGCAUGUGUAGAAGUUGCUAAGGAAUGUCAUAUUUUGGUCAUUGAUCUUUGGUCCAAAAUGCAGCAAAUUCCAAAUUGGCAAACAGAGUGUCUAUGGGAUGGGUUACAUUUGAGUCGGAUCGGUAACAAAGUAUUGUUUGAAGAAGUAGCAAAUAAGCUUAAUGAAGAAAGCAUUGGAGCUGAGGAAUUAGCGGUGGAUCUUCCCCUUAUAGAAGAUGUUGACCCAAAAGAUCCUCUCAAAGCCUUUCAUAAGUUUUGAUGCUUUAUAUUAUCAUCAUGUAGUUUGAAAUAAUAAUCGUCUUAACGAUAUUAGUUUGGAAUAAUUAUGACCUUCGAAUGAUGUCAUAAUCCACUCUUAUCAAAUUAUAUUCACAUUUUACUUCGUUUA